GGUUCUCAGAUUUCAAAAGUGAGACCUAAGGCACGGUUCUCAGAUUUCAAAAGUGAGACCUAAAAGACGGUUCUCAGAUUUCAAAAGUGAGACCUAAGACACGGUUCUCAGAUCUCAAAAGUGAUACCCGCGGUAUAUUCACGAAUCAAACCGACACCUCCCUGAUUCCCCACCACUUAACACACCAGCAUUGAGAGAGGGCUUUUGUGGAGCCGAGUAUGACGCAAAGAUCUCACUCUCCAGGACUCUCCCCCUGCUCGCCCCGCUUCCUCCAGUACUCACUCACCCUCCUCCUCCUCCUCGCCAGCCGCUCCCGUCCAGCUCACUCCAAGGCCGUCGUGGCGGCUGACCUUGACCUCGGCGACGAGCAGCACCGGGCCGUGGUCGAGGAGUUCAAAGGUAAAAUUCUCCGCCAUCUUGGACUAAGCGCCCGCCCCAACGUCAGCGUGGACCAGGGCUGGACGGCGUCCAACGUGACGGGGACUAAAAUACGUCACUUCCUGCGUGGCAUGAGGGCCAAUGACGUCACCCACCUCGAGGACGGGGAAGAUGUUCGAAUCCACAGGUACCACAGCUCAGCCGUCGUUACAGAGACACCAGUACUUCUCUCGGCCAACCAGCCGCCAACCAUCUCUCUAAGAACUCUCUCGUUUGACGCCAACUUUCAGACGCCCGAGGCUCCUUAUUUGGACUUGGUCAUGAAGUCGGCACUACUGCGCAUGCGCAUUGGACUACAGAAAGAUAUUCUUCAAAGGGACCGGGGACUGUUCGCGAAACCUGCGACCGUUAACGUUUACAUUAAGAGGAGGCUGGGGAACAGUAACUCCUCCAGGGAGCUGUUCCCGCGUCAGCUUGUAGCCACGUUAGCAGACGAUCAGAUCUUGAACAGGGAUGUGGAGAUUCCUUUGGAGACGAAACUUCUCUCGGAGAUUUUCGAAAGCGGCGACCGGUUCUUGACAUUUGAGGUCAGCCUCGAUCUGGGUACUAACAACAGGGGGGAUAAAGGUCAAGGCAGUCCGCUGACCAAUGGCGGACGUCGAAAAUUUCUGAGAAGAAACUCUCGAUCCCGUCGUUUGCUGAACCGCACGGCUCGUAAUUCCGGCAGCCGGUAUCUGAACAUCACGGACGCGGUUCUGGAACUGACCACGGCGACACAAGACUUGAGAAAAUCCCGGCGGAAGCGACAGACGACGGAGACGGCAUGUCACCGUGACCUCUGCUGCAAACACAGCAUCUACAUCUCCUUUGAGGAAAUCGGCUGGAGCGAUUGGGUCCUGGCGCCUGAAGGCUUCGAUGCGUAUUACUGCAAAGGCGGCUGCCCCAGGCAGUUCAAAAUCGGGAGCACCUUUUCAGGAAUCAAAGGAUUACUCCACGAAAGAAAUCCUAAUAUCCCGGCCCCCGUCUGCGCCCCCAACGGUUACACGUCCAUUGAAAUCAUGCACCUUGACGUUGAAGGUGAAAUUGUCAUGACAACGUACCCGGAAAUGGUGGUGGCGAAAUGCCGGUGUUACUGAACACCCCACGGAAGUCCGAACGGUCCGGUGUUGUUUCUUGAAAUACUCUCACGGUGUAUGUCUCAAAACUUGGCGAGUAGUCGCCCUUGAUUCAAUCUGAUCAA